AUGGAUCUUAUGAACCUCACUAGCGUUGUCGCAGCAGCCAAGCACUUCCUCACCCUUGAGACAACCCUACAUGGCCUGGUCAACAACGCAGGUAUCAUGGCGGCACCAUUUGACAUGACAAAAGACGGGCACGAAGCCGAGUGGCAAACCAACUACCUGUCUCACUGGGUCUUCACAGAGCACUUACUCCCAGUAAUGCUCAAGACAUCAAGAACGCUUCCUCCCGGCAGUGUACGCAUCGUCAACCUCACUUCAUCAGGUCACUUAGGCGCACCCAAGACUGGCAUCAACUUUGACAACCUGAACCUCAAGGAUGAAGGUCCAUGGCAACGGUACGGUCAGAGUAAAGUCGCCAACAUUCUGCACGCCAAAACCCUGCACAAGAUUUACGGCUCCGGCUCAGAGAAUGAUGAGGGCGAAAUUUGGACUUCAUCCGUGCAUCCUGGUCUUGUUGAGACGAACCUCUCGACGUCGGUAGAGCCGUCCGAGAAGGGCGUGUUGAGCAUCCUAUCGGCCUUGCGUGUGUUCAAGAUGUUUUGGUCUGCCGACAAAGGCUCGUGGAAUAGUCUGUUCUGUGCGGCAAGCCAGGAUAUGAAGGCGGAGCAAAGUGGUAUGUACACUGACAUCUAUCACCGGUGUGGUGAACCAUGGUGGGAGAGUAGUGCGGCGAGGGACGAGAAACUCGCAGAGAAGUUGGACAAGUGGACUAGGGAUGUGAUGAGUACAGAAGGAUGGAUUGAGUGA